UUUAAAUAUCGUCUACCAACUCCUAUGGUAACCCUAAUGCAUUGUGGUAAAUUAACCUCAGGAAAACUAAAUACAUUCAAAGAAAUCAUGAUUCUUCCUGCACCAAAUGUGUCAGUUAAAGAGUUUAUUAAUCAAUUGUCAGCAAUCAGAAGACACGUCUUUAAGAUGAUCACAACAACUUACCCAAAAUGGUCUGUGAAUCUAUGUACUGUAAGCCAGUUAGGUGCUGUUGCAUUGCCCUUUGACAGGCCAGAAUUGGUUAUAGAUUCUAUACUGCAAGCUGCUGAGCAUGCUGGCUAUAUUGGUGGAAAAGACUUUUUUCUUGCUAUAAACUGUGCUGCACAUGAAAUCUUGGAUCGAGAGAAAGCUGUGUAUGAUUAUGUGACUGGUUCCCCAUUUAAAUCAAUGGAUGAAGCUAUUGAAUUUUGGUCAAACUUAGUCAGGAGUUAUCCUUGCAUAUGUGCUAUCAUUGAUCCAUUUCGCAAACAGGAAGGAUUUCUUUGGAAGCGAUUAUGUAAAUUAAUCUCUGAUCAAUGUCUUGUAAUUGGAGAUGUUAGUGCUGAAUGGCCUUUUAAAUGUAAGGAGGUUAAAGAACCUGUGGAAAAAGACAAUGAAUCCGGUGAAUUGUCUGAAAGUAACAACCAAGAUACAAAGCCACAAGGCAACUAUAUUGCCAGUGGUCAAGUUUUCCGGAUUCAACAGGACACAACUGUCACCGAUGUGAUUGAAUAUACAAAAGAUUACAUAGCAAAUGGGUAUCAUUUGAUUAUUUCUGGAUGCCAGAAAGAAGUAGAUAGCUGGAUUAAAGCAGACUUGGCUGUUGGUUUACAGGCGACAUUUCUGAAGACUGGUGGUCUAUUCCGAAAGGAGAGAACUGAUAUACUGAAUCGGUUAUUUAUUAUUGAGCAGAAACUAAUGCAAGAAGACAAACUGGUAACACUGCCAACCUUAUGGAAAUAUCCCAAACUAUUUCCAGAUUCACUCACUACAAUCUAAUGAAAUUUAUAUGAAGCAAAAGAAAUUAUUCAUUUUGUGUUUCAACUAAAAACAAAAUGCAAAAAUAAAUGAAGAAAUAAAAACAUUUCUUUAAAUUUAAAAAAAAAUUUCUAAUAUCUUUCCAUUAUGGAAAAUGCUUGAUUUUUGCAUUAUAUUCUUUGAUUGUUUUCUGUAAAACUGAGUUGAUCUUUAGAGCAGGUAAUAUUUCCGAAACUUUAUAUAUUUACUAUAGUAAACAAUUUUCCUUAGUUUAGGUUUAACUGCUGACUUUCUAUUUGCAACCAAUAACUUUAUUUACCAUGAAUUUUUUCUUCAUUUGAAGUUCAACAUUUUCUCACUGUAAUAUCUUUUAAUAGCUUGUAAUAAGCACCACAGAGUAAGAGGUAUGUUUACAACAAAACAAGACAUUAAAAUGUUUUCAAUUUAGCUGGUUGAAGCCAAUAUACUUCUCUUGCAUUGCUUAUACUUUUACAAAAGGUAUAAAUACAAUAAGCCUUAUUUAACUACUUUCUAAUUAAUACAAAAAAAAACUUUCAUAACUUACAUGCUAUUCUCAAAUUUGGUUCAGUAUUAUGUGGCUAACGGUAUUAACCCUUUAGUAUUUACACCUGCCAUAUCCAGCCCAAAUAUUCUACAUACUUCAUGUUCAAAACAGUCAGAUCUGGCCUCUCACACCUUUCCUACAAUGUCAUUCUAAAAAUAGAAAGUCACAUCAUUGAAAUCUUGUUGUUACGAAAUAAUGCAUGAUUAAUUUAAAACAAUGUUUAUAAAUAUUACAUUUUACAUUAAUCGGAAUACUAAAGGAUUAAACAAGAAAUUACCUAUGUCUUAUGUUUCUUUUUGUCUUUGGAAUAUUGGUCUACAUAUUUUACUGUUGUGUUUCUUUGCAGUUUCAGUAAAAUUUUACUUUCACCAUCUUCUCAGAGUGCCAUGAAAAACAAUAGUUAAAUUAGUGAAAAACAUAUUUAAACUGGCCAUAUCUGGCCCAAAUAUUCUACUUGUUUUAAUGUUCAAAAUGUGAAGAUCUGGCCUGUUACACCUACCCUACAAUGUCCUUCUGAAAAUAUACAAUCACAUCAUUGAAAUCUUGAAGCUACAAGAUAAUGCAUGAUUAAUUCAAAACAGUAUGAAUAAAUAAGAAUUACAUUUGACAGAGUAAUCUGAAUGCUAAAGGGUUAAUAAUGGAGCAUUAUAUUAAUUUCUUGUUAGGUUUUUGAUGUUCCUUGCAUUUCAGUAUGAUAAUAUUAACUUAGCUAUUACAGUUUUAUGAUUACUUGUAAUUUUAUUUUUUAUUCCAAAGGUUCUUUCCUUCAAUUUUUCUAUGUAAGCUUAGCUGGAAUAUUCUACCACACCAGGUAUGAUUACCAUUUGUAAUAAUUUCAAACAAAGACUUAACUUGAUCUGAUUGUUCACAAAAUGAGCUAAAGAUUUCAAUACUUGUCUUAAUUGCUCUGCAAUUAACAGUGAGCCAUCUUAAAUGGGUAAAUAAAUAAAAUCUACAUUCAUUGUAA